AUGAUGGAUGAUAGUUUUUGCACUCAGACGGCAGAGAGGUAUUUCUCGUCAAGUCUUGAUAUAGUGCACGUUUUUCCGACCGAAAUAAUGUUUCUGGUUUUUGACUGGUUGGACUUGGAAUCUCUUUGUCUGUGUAGAAGUGUAUCAAGAACUUGGAGAAAGCAUGUGAAUGGCUACUUAGGAAGUUUACUAUGUUUAGAUUUUGUUCCCCAUCAGUCUGUUCUGACAGAGGAUGGGUUGAGACAUAUGCUAAAAAGUGUGAGUAAUUUGCGAGUUCUUCAUGUGGACAAUUGUUGGCUGAGUGUGACAGAAGGAAAUUUGUUUCUGAUCGCUCAAAACUGUAGCAAGCUUUCUGUGCUAACGGCAAGUAGAUGUAAAGGAGUGACUGAUGUUGGUCUGGAAGCAAUAGCAAGGCAGUGCAAAGAAUUAGCAGAAGUGGAUUUAAGUAGCUGUUUUACGGUGUGUGGUCUAUCUUUAUCUCAGUCCCAUUGAACACAAUCUCUAACCUCUUGUCUUUUCUCCUUAAGGCUGGCUUUUACUAGCGAUGGAGUUGAAGUCGUAAACGCAGUCGUAAGAGCGCUUAUGACCUAGUGGAAAUCGAAAAUCAGAGUUGUAAGUGCAGUCAUAAGCGCGAUGGAACCGGAGAAGAAUCAGAACAUUUUUUCCAUUUUCUUCCGACUCCACUUACAACUCUGUUGCUUACGUUCUGCUUAUGAUCUAGUGAAAACCAGAUUGUCAGAGUCCGAAACAGAAUCAGAAUGAUAAACUAAUCACAAUGAACAUUCCCACCAUUUGUGAUUGGUGAAGUUCUUCCACUUUUGCAUGCUUCAGACUCUGACAAUCUGGUUUUCACUAGAUCAUAAGUGGAAGGUAAGCAAUGGAAUACUGUUUUCACUGGAUCAUAAGCUCUAUGUUUCUGAUAACGACUCUGACUCUGACUCCGUCACCAGUGAAAACCAGCCUUUACUGUUGCCUGAAUUUCAGACAUCCCUUUGGGUCGUAUACUCCCUCAGGGACAUCUGAAUUGACUUUUUUCAUCUUUGUUAAGGACAACAACAACAACAACUUUAUUGAAAAGCAAUGAAAUACAUUUUAAACAUACACAUUGGCUACAUUUAGCUUAAGCUAUUCGAGGCACAGCAAUUAGCUUCUUUUAAAUUAAAACAAAUUGUUGUGGUCUUGAAGUGUCCUGUAUGUGUAUUUAUUUCAUUUUUGCCUGACCACCAUUUAGUUUGAUAAUUAAAUCAUGGUGCUAUACAUGCAAAUGAUUUGUUCACAGUACUGCAUGCAGUUAACAGUUUGAAUGUUUAACAUGAAUUAUGAUUUGAAAGUAAAGUAAUUCUGUACUAUGUAGACAUAUCGAGACAAUAUUUCUUCGCUUGCCAGUUGAAAAUUGUGUUUUGCUUUUUGCUUGAAUUAAAGUAAGGGAGUGGUGAUGUCACUGGACAGCAUUUGCAGCUCUUUGAUUCACGUCCCUGAGAGAGUAUGUGACUGAAACAGAAAGUCUGAAAUUAAGACUAUCCUUACUGUGCAAGUUUCAAAAAUGCUGGACAAAGGGAUUGAACACCCUUGAGGUUUGGGUUAAGUUGGUAUUGAACCCUCCCAAAAUGGCACCUUAUUUUAUUGGUAUUAUUUUUUUAUUGGUCCUCAAAUGAAGGUGUCCUUUUAUUUAGCAAAAAAGAGACCUAUUUUUGUGAAAAGUCCUCUUCGAAACUUCCAGCCUUCUAAAUAAUGCACUUUGUUUCACUUAGAUUUCUGAUGUUGGCAUAAUGGCUUUGAGUGAACAAUGUUCACAUCUCAAAGAACUGCACGUAAGUAGCUGUUAUGGAGUGACAGACAAAAGCAUUACUGUUUUAGCUCAGCAGUGUCUUGGAUUAACAGAAUUGGAUGUCAGCUAUUGCUACUAUGUUACUGAUCAGAGCAUUAAACUAUUUUUGUCCCCAAAGUGCAAGCUCAAGCUGCUGAGAAUUAAAGGAUGCAGUAAAGUAAGUAUGGUGUAUACAAAAUAG